AUGAUUGAUGGCUUUUACCGCGAAGAGACACGGUUGCAGGAAAAUAGCGCUCGCCUUAAGGCGGCUCAAAAUGCACUUGUGGAGGUCAGCGAGGUAGGGGAGGAGGCAGACGAUGUUCUAAAGCCUGAAUCUCUCGAAGACUCCUCGCCCACUAAACCCCUGUAUAGACGCCGUUGGGGACGGCGACGAAGGCGGCUUAAAAUAGCCAAGCCGGUCUCCUCAUCAUCUUCUAUUGAGCCCAGGAAGAGGCGACCCUAUAGAAGGCGAAAUAGGUCGGAACUACUGCUCUUAUCCUCUCCUCGUCCGUCAUAUGAGAAGAGGCAGCGCAAAAUUCCCCGCGGAUUUGAUGACUAUGAAAGUUUCUUUGAUACUUCGCGACCAACCGAAGACGAGGAUACUGGCGAUUCAGUGGCGUGUUUUGCUUGCGGCAAGUCCUUCCUCCCAACCACUCUUGAGGCUCACGUACGACAGAUUCACAGGCUGGUUAAAAAUCUCAUUACUAACGGAUCUUUUUGGUGGUUUGGUGCAGGCUUUCCAAAGGAUCAAUGUUACAUUUGCGGGAAGUUUUUCCCCACUGCUGACAAUGCGCGCAUACACAUAAAGACGGCACACUAUGGCAUUUAUAACUACAAAUGUCCGGAGUGUGACAAGGGUUACUACUAUUACCUCAAACUCGUCAGGCAUUUACGAAGCCUCCAUCAAUGCGACUGCCCUCCUUCACGAGAAGAAUGUCGAGUUGACGGUACCUACCUCAAUAACGCAAUCGUUGAUUUAGACUCACGCGAAUUGCGUGAAAAUGAGUGCAGGUGCUUAGUGUGUCUCUCCAUUUUCCCAAUUAUCGAGAUGGACAAACACAUGAAUGAACGUCAUCGAGAUUGCACCUGUUGCUUCCGUUAUACUCAUUAUAAUCAUCUUGCCCCUUCUAAACAAGCCUUUCCCAGGACCCGGUGCUACGUCUGUGGGCAGCGAUUUUCCAGUUUACAGGAGGUGUCUGAGCAUUUAGAUUCAACUCAUCUAAAACAGUCUAUGUUUACCUGUCCCGAGUGUGAGACUGGCUUUGACGAGCUUCAGGAAUGGCGAGAUCACAUGGAAAAGAUCCAUCAAAGCGAUGGUUCUGGAUCCGUAUUUGCAAUGCGCAAUGAUUUUAGAGCGGAGAAGACCACUCUGCAGGAGGAAUGCGACAGGCAGAAACGCCUUAUCGCUGAAGCCGAGGCGAAGGCAGCGGAGGUGGUGGCGGCGGCGGUGGCGGCGCCAGUGGAACCCGAGACCAAAGCACCCGAAACUGCUGCAGAUGGGCAGAAUGAGCCUGAGGAGGACAGUAGUUUAAAUAACCCUGAAUGUAAUGAACCUUCCACACUUGUCUCUGGACGAAACAAUGUAAUGGAGUAUGAAUAUGAACUGACGGGAGGGUACGAAAAUCCACAAGGUGAAACUGAUGAAGUCAAUGGAAGAAGGGAACUUUUGCGAAUAAAGAUUUUCUUUAUCCCCGCUACAGGUGGUGAAGUAAAGGGGCAAAAGAAAGCCAUCAACAUAGACUUCUUUGCGGCGAGCAGUGUGGAUGUCUGUCCGGUUUGCAAGAAGGUUCUCCACACCAAAAAGUCCCUAAAGACUCACAUUGAAGCCAUUCAUCACAAAAUGAAACGCUAUGCCUGCAACCUCUGCGAUCGCUCCUUCUAUGCUCGAUGUGAUCUACGCAAACACGUCGAUUGUGUUCACAAUCGUCUUAAAACCUACUCCUGCAAUGAAUGUGGUCGACGCUUCUUUUUACACUCACAGCUUGCAUCCCAUCUUGUUAAUCAUCAUAAAGCUGUCCUCCCCUUCAAAUGCAAUGAAUGUGGUCGAAGGUACGCCAUUAAGCAAGUGUUGAAUGACCAUGUUUGGCGUUUUCAUACAGGCAAGUUUGUAUUGCCUACACAGAUGCUAAUUGCCUCUACAAUAGUGUUGACGAUGGUGGUGGCGUUGAUAGUGAUUUGGUUUUCCUCCUCCCUUGCAGACAAACCCAAAAGAAUUCGAAUUAAUGGACGUCUUGUCACUCCCAAUCCCUCCACAAUGCCAAGGUUGGUGCAGGCUUUGUCGCCAUCGAAAAGUCAGAGGCACAAUCAAUCUUUCCUUACAACGCAUCAAUUGUCUGGUGAAUCAGUUGAGCCAACAGAAGUUGCCAUUGUGAGUGACAAUGGGGAUGUGAAGGAGGUCUUCCUGAUAGGCAAUCAACUCUACUAUGCUGAGAAUGUUGCCUUUCAAGCCACCGGUGUGAAUGCUGAUACAAAUCCUCCCUACGAGACCAUUCAACUUGACAGCGUUGAUGGCGGUGAUUGUACAUUCUCACACACCACCGUUACCCUCCAGAGUGAAGAAUCGGACACUUUGGGUGGAUUUUCUUUUGAUCAGGGUUAUACGGCAUUGACAACUGGGGAAGGAGAGAGUCUGCAUGUCAACAGCAUGAUGGUGAAUCAACUCCCCGUCUCCAUCACCGAAGAAGUCAAUUGUAAGACAGUCAGCGUCGGUAACAUCGGUCCCACCGAGGUCGACUACUUCACCUAUCCACAAUCCUAA